AUGCCACAUAAGCCCAUUCCGCUGGUGAUAAUCAACCGAUCCGAAAUGGGCAUUCCAAAAAUGCUGGUUAUGGCAAUAAGCAUCGCAGGGGCGAUGGCGUUUAUCCCCCAUGGUUCUAUUGGGGUAAAGGAGCAUAUGCUGACCGAAGCAUUGCUUCGUGAGGUUGUUGAGCGCAUGGGUAAAGACUUCAACGACGCAGCCUCAACGUAUCUUGAUUUCCCAAAUGACAGACAUCUUUCCCUGAUGUCCCGAGCUAAUAAGGAUGUGGAGCACGAACAACUGGACUACGAUUCCCUAAUUGAUGGUAACCCUAACCCCAGCCUCCGCGAUCAAGAAUACUUGCAGCACAGUUCGUUAUGGGGUCAUCAAUAUGUAAGUGGAGGUGCUGGGGAAGGUGAACAGCGUCUGCAGCCAUCAGGUCUAGUGGCAAACCGACAGCUUAUAAAAACCGAUGCAGUCUUACCCGCAUACUGUAAUCCUCCUAAUCCCUGUCCCGUCGGUUAUACUGGUAAGUUGUAUCAAUGA